AUGAGUCUCGUGCAGGUGCUGAGUGCACUUACCGCCCGCCACGAUGAAGCCCACACUCUGUCGCCGCGACUGGCUUAUACUGAGAACGGUCCAACAUGGGAUAUCAAUCCCCUCCCCAGCGACCAGCGAAAAGGUCUUAUUGCCGUCUCGGUCAUGGCCAUUCUCUCCUUCAUCGCUACCCUCUCCUUGAUCUGCUUCGUCACAUACCGACUGGUCUUCUGGCGCGGCAACUACCAACGCUACAUCGGUUACAACCAAUACGUGAUCCUCAUCUAUAACCUCGUCUUGGCCGAUCUGCAACAGUCGCUCGCCUUUCUGAUCUGUAUCAAAUGGAUCGUCGAAGAUAAAAUCACCGCUUCCUCCUCCGCCUGCUUUCUCCAGGGCUUCUGGCUCCAGGUGGGCGAUCCCAGCAGCGGUCUCUUCGUGCUGGCCAUUGCCUUCCAUACCUUCCUUCUCGUGACCAUGGGCCACAAACUGAGCCACCGCGUCUUUGUCGCGUUCGUCGUGGGGCUCUGGGGGUUUGUCGCCGUGUUGGUCAUCAUUCCUAUCGCCUCCCACGGGAGAUACGUCUUCAUUCCGUCGGGUGCCUGGUGCUGGAUCAACGAAGAGUACGAACCCAUCCGUCUCUGGACGCACUACAUCUGGAUCUUCCUCGCCGAGUUCGGCACCGUCUGUCUCUACGCCAUCAUGUGGUUCCAGCUGCGCCGCCGCAUCGCGCAAUCGGCCAUCCUGGGCGCCAGCCACAUCGAGAGCCUGAAGCGCCUGCGCCGCGUCAUCGGCUACAUGGUGAUCUACCCGGUCGCCUACAUCGUGCUCUCGCUGCCGCUGGCCGCCGGCCGCAUGGCCACCGCCCGCGGCGAGACCCCCAGCGUCGUCUACUUCUGCGUGGCCGGCGCCCUCAUCACCAGCUCCGGCCUCGUCGACGUGCUGCUCUACACCCUCACCCGCCGCAACCUCAUCCUCGAGUCCGAGCCCAGCGCCGACCGCAGCUACAACCGCUUCGCCAGCAGCAGCAAGAACCCCCGCACCACCGACCACCUCACCACCAUCACCGCCGACCCCAAGCUGACGCGCGCCGACAUCAGCGCCCUGCGCACCCGCCGCGGCCGCGACGACGACGUCGACGAUGGCACGAUACGCGACGGGUCCACGGACAAUAUCGUGCAGAACUCGGGCGUCGAGCUCGCCCCCAUCGGCAAGGUGUACCAGCACACGACCAUCGAGAUCACACAUGAACCGGCCUAUCCGUCCGAGGGGGACAGCCAGCGGUCGAGCAAGGACUCGCUCCGCCACGCCCACGCGAAGGUUAACGAGUCGUCGUCGCGCAUGUGGGGGAAGUAA